GACGAAGACCAGGAUGAGGAGGAGCAGGAUGAAGCCAUGGCAGCCCGCUCUGUGCUACACAGGCAUCUGAAUCAGUGCCCUGAGUGCGGGCAGAGCUUCCCACCUGGCUCAGAGCCAGGGAAGCACCAAUGCCCUCACCCUGGCACCUGGUCCUUCAUCUGCUGUGACUGUGGCCAGAGCUUCAGCUGGAGCUCAAGUCUCACCAGGCACCAUUUGAUCCACACCGGAGAGAAGCCUUUCACCUGCAGUGACUGCGACCAGAGCGUUAACAGCAGUUCCACCCUGACCAACCACCCCCACACCCACACUGUUGAGAAGUCCUUUCUGUGUGGUGACUGUAAUAAGAGAUAUCCUGACGAAUCCUCCCUCAGGAAGCACCUUUGUGUGCACACUAGUGAGAAGCCCUUCACAUGUGAUGACUGCGGCAAGACCUUCAAAACCAGUUCCACCCUCACCAUCCACCGCCGUAUCCACACUGGAGAGAAGCUGUUCCCCUGUGCAGAGUGUGGCAAGAGCUUCACCACGAGCUCCACAUUUAUUCGGCACCAACUCAUCCACAGCGGUGAGAAGCCAUAUGGCUGUGCCGACUGCGGCAAGAGUUUCAACCGUAGCACUCACCUUGCCCGGCACCACCGCACCCACACGGGUGAGAAGCCCUUUGUGUGUGGUGACUGCAAUAAGAGAUUUGCUGACAAGUCAUCUCUCAGGAUGCAUCUUCACGUGCACACUGGUGAGAAGCUCUACACUUCUGAUGCCUGUGGCAAGAGCUUCAAACACAGCUCUAGUUUCACCAACCACCAUGUCCACACCAGAGAAAAGCUGUUCCCCUGUGCAGAGUGUGGUAAGAGUUUUACCCAGCGGUCCACAUUCAUCCGUCACCAACUCAUCCACAGCAGUGAGAAGCCAUAUAGCUGUGCUGACUGUGGCAAGAGCUACAAAAGCAGCUCCACCCUUGACAUCCAUCGCCGUAUCCACACUGGAGAGAAGUUGUUCCCCUGUGCUGACUGUGGCAAGAGUUUCAGCUUCAGCUCCACUCUCAUCCGUCACCGCCUCAUCCACACUGGAGAGAAGCCGUACAGCUGCGCCGACUGUGGCAAGACCUUCAACCGCAGCUCCAACCUGAAUAUUCACCGCCGUAUCCACACUGGAGAGAAGCCCUUCACCUGUGCUGACUGUGGCAAGAGCUUCAGCUUCAGCUCCACCCUAAACAACCACCGCCGCACCCAUACUGGAGAGAAACGCUUUGUGUGUGGGGUCUUCAAGAAGACAUUUGCUGCCAGGUCCUCCCUCACAAGGCACCGUCGUGUCUGCACCAGCGAGAAAGCCUUCACUUGUGACGACUGUGGCAAGAACUUCAAAACGAGCUCCACCCUCGCCAUCCACCACCGUAUCCACACCGGAGAGAAGCUGUUCCCCUGUGCAGAGUGUGGCAAGAGCUUCACCACAAGCUCCCAAUUCAUCCAGCACCAACUCAUCCACAGUGGUGAGAAGCCAUACGGCUGUGCUGACUGUGGCAAGAGUUUCCACACGAGCUCCAACCUGGCCGUGCACCACCGCACCCACACUGGUGAGAAGCCCUACACCUGCCAUGACUGCGGCAAGAGAUUCACCCAGAAGUGUCACCUCACCAAGCACUGCCGUACUCAUGCCACUGACAGGCCCACACUGGGGGACAGGCACAAAUAGUGCCACACACAUUCUGUUGGGGUAGGUGUGACUCCCAAGAGGGGCUUUGCAACAGUCUGAACCAAAAUCUCCUUUCUUUCACUGAAUUUCUCCAAGGCUGAGGGCUCUGGCA